CUUUCAGAUGCAGAUUGGGUAACCUUCACAGUUAGCAACCAGUCUUUUUUUUUCAUCCUAAAGGUGGCUUCAUUUUGUCCAUUACCGACUUUUUAAAAUUUUAUCCCGUAUAUAAAUGUAUGUAGUUUACCAGAGACGACGUGGUGGAGCGGCUCCGAUAAGAUAAAAGAAAAAAAAGAGGCGCGCUUUCUCACAUUAGCUUAUCGGCUAGCUGCGAACGCCAGUAAGUUCGAGUUGGGCUGCAAGGAAAAAAUGUGUAAAGUCAGAAUUCUGAGGGAGUUGGUGAAGCAGCGACUAAAUGUGGCCGUCGAGGAGAUAUUCGGACUCUUCGAGGGAACCAUUGCCGAGUACGAGGAGGAACUUUGUCGAACAAGAGAGGAGAACGAGCGACAACGAGUACUGCUCGACAACGUUUUCAUGCACGCAGCAGACGUCCAACAGGUGUUAGUGGAGAGUCAAGAAGAAGUUCCCCUUGAUUCUGAGCAGCAGCAGCAGCAGCAGCAGCAGCAGCAGGAGGAGGAGCAGGAGCAGGAGCAGGAUCCGGAUCCGGAUCCGGCAGAGCCCGCCCAAAUUAAAAAGGAAGAGGAGGACGUGUGGAGCAAUCCCGGGCAGGAGCCGGCCGACAUCAGCUCGCUGACAGUCACCGGUGUCCCCGUCAAGCGCGAAGAUGACGGAGUCCGCAGUCGAAGCGGAGCGGAGCCCGCGAGCACCAGCUCGUUCGCGCCGAUGUCAGACGUUGACGACGCCAUGUCUUCUGACACCGAUAACAGCGACGAUGCCAAAAAAGCGAAGGCUAAAAAGAAGUCUAAAGGUGAUAAGACGCAUCACAAGGACAACCAAGACUUUAAAUGCUUUCAAUGCGGGAAGACGUUCGCCCACAAGGGAAGCUUGAAAAUCCACAUGAUCACGCACACCGGAGAGAGACCGUUCGCUUGUUCCAUUUGCGCCAAGAGAUUCUCCUUGAAGCAUCACAUGCAAAGACACAUGAGAAUCCACACUGGGGAGAAUCCCUUCUCCUGCUCGGUGUGCUCCAAAGGCUUCGCCGACAAGUACAAACUGAUCAUGCACACGAGCACGCACACCACCGUCAAAGCUUUCACUUGCUCCAUUUGUAAGAAAAGCUUCUACAGCAGGGAAUGCCUUAAGUUACACAUCACGAUGCACAUCAGGGAGAAGCCGAGUCAGUCGACGGCCGGCGGAUCACAAAGAGACGGAAAGAAAGAACCCGCGGCGGGUAACAACAACGACAACGACAGCCAUCCAUUCAUCUGCUUGGAGUGCGGCAAAAUGUUCGUCCAGAAGGGCAACUUGAACCGACACAUGCGAAUACACACCGGGGAGAAACCUUUCGCUUGCCCCGUUUGCACCAAAAGAUUCCGGGAUAAGUCCGAAAUGAUAAAGCACAUGAUGGUGCACACAGGGGAGAAACCCUUUCCUUGCUCGGUUUGCACCAUGAGGUUCCGAUACAGGGCCGGGUUGAUAAAGCACCUGAAGAAACACUCCGGGGAAAAACAUUUCACCUGCAGGGUUUGUACAAAAGGCUGCUCCAGUUUAGCGUCGCUCAUAUUACACACGAAAGAACACUCACUUAGCACCUCGAGUCAAAUCGCGACAACAGAAGCUGACUCACGAGACGUCGACAACAUCGCCGCGUCAUUGAAUAUGGGUGACGAAAAGCUCAACUCUCCCGAGACAGAACCCCCAAAGACGUACUCUGACCCAAAUGACGCCGACGCCGAGCGGCUCCACUGCUACCAAUGCGCCAAAACAUUCCAGCACAGGUCUCACUUCAUCCGUCACCUGAAAACGCACACCGGAGAGAGACCCUUCAACUGCACUCUCUGCGCCAAAGUCUUCUCCAGAAAGUCGGACAUGAAGAUCCACAUCCGGGUGAAGCACACGGGCGAAAGGCCCUUCGCCUGUCCCGUCUGCGGCAAAGGGUUCGCCGUCAAGAAGUACAUGACGUUGCACAUGAGGAGACACAGCGGGGAGAAACCGUUCGCCUGCCUGCUGUGUCCCAAACGGUUCACCACCAAAGCGGAGAUGGAGAGACACAUGAAGAAGCACACGGGGGAAAAAAAACGUGUGCCGCGGACGAUUCGCCAGCGAGAGGAUGCUCGACAAUCACACGUGUGUGCCGGUGACGACAGAUGAAGCUGCGGGAACUUAAGAGAUCACGUGGACUUCAAAUGCGACCAUUGAAAUGAACAUUUUAUAUAUUUUAAACUAGAAAACUGUCUACAGUAAUCCCUCGCCAUUCGCACCCUGCCACAAAUAACAAAAGGUUAUUGACCAACCCCCCGAUACGCUUAGAAUUGCGUAUGUACAUCGUUUGAAAUGUAAAUGUGCAACAAUAUAGAAUCCCUCAGCAGUUUAAUAUCACAUCAAGCUCAUUUUACAAUAUUACAGCAAACGUUCCAGAUCCAAUAAUGUGUGUGUGUGUGUGUGUGUGUGUGUAUAUAUAUAUAUAUA